UUCGGUUUUUAAUCAAGUGAGUCGCCUUGCCACACACACAUCUGUCGAUUGCCCUCUCUCUCUCUCUCAAACAUCCGUCUCCGUCGUUCUCUGAUCAUCGGCUCCAAUUCCCGUCACCCUCAGCCUUUGAAUCCUCCAUCUUCGUAUCCAUUUCCAGAGUUUUCUCUCGCUCCAUCCACGGUGGGAGAGCACCAGUCUCGACGAACCUAAUCCGUCGCACUCUUCUCUCACAGAACAGAACAGACGACUGGUGUGGUCAAGAUUUGAAGCUAGUAAUCUGAAAAGUUCCAGAGAUUCUACUUCCCGACGAAGCCCCUCAUCUUCUCGGCAGAAAUUUCUAUCAAGUUUCCAACUUUUCUGUGCCUUUGUUUGCUCUUAAGCAGAGAUGAGCAAGAGACCGCCGCCCGAUCCUGUAGCUGUUCUCAGAGGACAUCGUCAUUCUGUCAUGGACGUGUCUUUUCACCCAUCCAGAUCUUUGCUUUUCUCUGGUUCUGCUGAUGGAGAGCUGCGGAUUUGGGAUACGUUUCAGAACCGUACUGUUUCUUCUGCAUGGGCGCAUAGUAGAGCACAUGGAGUUUUAGCUGUAGCAUCUAGUCCAUGUUUAGGAGAAAACAAGGUUAUCAGCCAAGGGAGGGAUGGAACUGUUAAGUUGUGGGAUAUUGAAGAAGGCGGUCUAUCAAGGAGCCCAUUACUCAAAUUCAACACAAACACAUAUCACUUUUGCAAGUUUUCCCUUGUUAAGAAGCCUAGGAUUUGCCAGGAAGAAGAUCAAGACUAUUCCGAGAGUUACAAAGAACAGGAUGAUGGAGAAACUGUCAAUGCUCAAUCUACGGAUGGUAGUGAAGGAGAGACAACAGGGAGACCUGUGGAGAGUUCUAGUUCAUUGCAGGAUGAAAGCUCUAAUGAAGGUGUCACCUAUGUAGCUGUUGCUGGGGAGCAGCCCACUCAGGUAGAGGUGUGGGAUCUGCAUACUGGAGAUAAGCUCAUGCAACUUCCUGAAGCUAGCUCCACUGGAUUCUUAGGCAAUUCCCCAAAAGGAAGAGGCUUUCUAGCUGCAGCCUCGGGAUCAAAUUUUUUAAAUUCUUCAUUUGUGGGGCAAAUUCGAGGGAUGUGCAUGGCCGUUCAAUUGUUUUUCCCAUCUGAAUCACAGGGUUUCUUAAAUAUCUUGGCUGGUUAUGAGGAUGGUUCCAUGCUGCUCUGGGAUAUCCGCAAUGCUAAGGUUCCUCUAACGACUGUGAAGUUUCACUCGGAACCAGUUCUAAGCCUUUGCACCUCACCGUCGUGCGAUGGGGGAAUUUCAGGGGGGGCCGACGACAAAGUCGUGAUGUACAAUCUGAAUCAUUCAACAGGUUCUUGCACAUUGAGGAAAGAGAUUAUUUUGGAAAGACCUGGCAUAUCAGGCACCUCAAUCCGACCUGACGGAAAAAUUGCUGCCACUGCCGGUUGGGAUCACAGAAUAAGGGUGUAUAAUUAUCGCAAAGGAAAUGCUCUGGCGAUUCUGAAAUACCACCGUGCAACGAACUCAGGACGAGGCAAGGGAAGUGACGGUUUGCUCCAUCUCUGUCUCCUCGUCUCAACUCCCUCUUUCCUCGGCCGGGUGGAAAUCCGAGGCUCAGGUCUCGAUCCUUACGAGAUCGAUCUAAUGCUACCAAAAACAACUCGGAGAGAACGUGUUUUGCAGUUUUCCGCUAUCUGAAACGCGGCGUUUUCUGUUUAAUGCGUUUUGCAGUGUAACGCGGUGGCGUAUUCACAGGGAUGUAAGUUAAUGGCGUCUGCGUCUGAAGACGCAAACGUAGCUCUCUGGCAGCUCUAUCCUCCACAAA